AUGGGUCCACCAGCAGCACCAGUCCAUGCGGAGGCAGCAGCACCGCUGGUGUUCGUGGCUGGAAAAGCUGGUCCCAGUGCAGUGGAUCACGUGGCAGCUGAGCGCUGGAGAGCGCACUCCGUCUCCAUCAUGGUCGCCAACGUGCUGCGCCUGUUUGCGAUACCGCAGAUCAGCUACGCCUCCACAGCCCCGGAGCUCAGCGACUCCACGCGCUAUGACUUCUUCUCCCGGGUGGUGCCGCCCGACUCCUACCAGGCCCAGGCCAUGGUGGACAUCGUGAGGGCACUGGGAUGGAACUAUGUGUCCACGCUGGCCUCUGAGGGCAACUAUGGCGAGAGCGGGGUUGAGGCCUUCGUUCAGAUCUCCCGAGAGGCUGGGGGGGUCUGUAUUGCCCAGUCUAUCAAGAUUCCCAGAGAACCGAAGCCGGGAGAGUUCAACAAGGUGAUCAGGAGACUCAUGGAGACACCCAAUGCCCGGGGCAUCAUCAUCUUUGCCAAUGAGGAUGACAUCAGGCGGGUCCUGGAGGCCGCUCGCCAGGCCAACCUGACUGGCCACUUCCUGUGGGUCGGUUCCGACAGCUGGGGGGCCAAGACCUCGCCCAUCUUGAGCCUGGAGGACGUGGCCGUCGGGGCCAUCACCAUCCUGCCCAAAAGGGCCUCCAUCGACGGAUUUGACCAGUACUUCAUGACUCGGUCCCUGGAGAACAACCGCAGGAACAUCUGGUUUGCCGAGUUCUGGGAGGAGAAUUUUAACUGCAAACUGACCAGCUCAGGUACCCAGUCAGAUGAUUCCACCCGCAAAUGCACAGGCGAGGAACGCAUCGGCCGGGACUCCACCUACGAGCAGGAGGGCAAGGUGCAGUUCGUGAUUGAUGCAGUGUACGCCAUUGCCCAUGCCCUCCACAGCAUGCACCAGGCGCUCUGCCCUGGGCACACAGGCCUGUGCCCGGCGAUGGAACCCACCGAUGGGCGGACGCUCCUGCAGUAUAUUCGAGCUGUCCGCUUCAAUGGCAGCGCAGGAACCCCGGUGAUGUUCAACGAAAACGGAGAUGCGCCCGGGCGGUACGACAUCUUCCAGUACCAGGCCACCAACGGCAGUGCCAGCAGUGGCGGGUACCAGGCGGUGGGCCAGUGGGCAGAGACCCUCAGACUGGAUGUGGAGGCCCUGCAGUGGUCUGGCGACCCCCACGAGGUGCCCUCGUCUCUGUGCAGCCUCCCCUGUGGGCCGGGGGAGCGGAAGAAGAUGGUGAAGGGCGUCCCCUGCUGUUGGCACUGCGAGGCCUGUGACGGGUACCGCUUCCAGGUGGACGAGUUCACGUGCGAGGCCUGUCCGGGGGACAUGAGGCCCACGCCCAACCACACCGGCUGCCGCCCCACGCCUGUGGUGCGCCUGAGCUGGUCCUCCCCCUGGGCAGCCCUGCCGCUCCUCCUGGCCGUGCUGGGCAUCAUGGCCACUACCACAGUGGUGGCCACCUUCAUGCGACACAACAACACGCCCAUUGUCCGGGCCUCGGGCCGAGAGCUGAGCUACGUCCUCCUCACCGGCAUCUUCCUCAUCUACGCCAUCACCUUCCUCAUGGUGGCUGAGCCUGGGGCCGUGGUCUGUGCCACCCGCAGGCUCUUCCUGGGCCUAGGCACGACCCUCAGCUACUCUGCCCUGCUCACCAAGACCAACCGUAUCUACCGCAUCUUUGAGCAGGGCAAGCGCUCGGUCACACCCCCUCCCUUCAUCAGCCCCACCUCACAGCUGGCCAUCACCUUCAGCCUCACCUCCCUGCAGAUCUACAUUCAGACAACCACACUAACGGUGUCCUUGAGCCUGAGUGCGUCGGUGUCCCUCGGCAUGCUCUACGUACCCAAAACCUACGUCAUCCUGUUCCACCCGGAGCAGAAUGUGCAGAAGCGAAAGCGGAGCCUCAAGGCCACCUCCACGGUGGCAGCCCCACCCAAGGGCGAGGAUGCAGAGGACCACAAGUAG